UUCUCUCACGAUCCGCGGUGCUCCGCCCCCUCUCCACAGCCAUGCUUCCCGACUCCGUGGACCUCACGGAGGCCGCGCGCUCCGUGCAGCUGUUCAAGAUCGGCGGCUUCACGGCGACCAAGGAGAAACCAGGGUACACCGCGUCGAGGGUUUGCGCCGUCGGAGGACAUGACUGGCGAAUCGAAUUCCAUCCGAAGAUGCCGCACCCGAGCCACCAUUACUCCAGAAAUGACUGGAUCAUGUUCCGCCUUCGAUUGGUCAGCAAAGGAGCGAGCGGGGUGGCGGCGUCCUUCAGCUGCCGCCUCAUGGAUCCGAGCUCACCGGGCAGUUACUGUUUGGAUCUGGAGGAGAUCACGUCCUCCGUGUUCCAUGAAAACCAUUCCAGGGAUGUCUUUCUCAUCAAAUGGAGUGACGUCCAGGGAUCGCAACGUCGAUAUGUGAAAGAUGACUCCAUACUUGUGCAAUGUGCAAUCAACGUCCUGCCCUGCAAACCAAAGGAUCCGGCGCCGGCGGGGGCAGCGGCUGAUGCCACGCCCAGCGUUCCAUCCUCCGACCUGCACCGGCAAUUUGGUGAGCUGCUGCGGAGCCAGAAGGGGGCGGACAUCACGUUCUUCGUCGCCGGUAAGCCUGUCGCGGCACACAGGUCCCUGCUCGCCGCGAGGUCGCCCGUUUUCAUGGCCGAGCUAUUCGGAGACAUGAGGGAGAAGGCGCCGCGGUGCGUCGAGAUCAAGGACAUGGAGGUGGAAGUGUUCCGGGCCAUGCUCCGUUUCGUCUACACCGACACCGUGCCCGAGCUGGACCUGCUGAACGGGGAGCAGGCGACGGCGAUGGCGCAGCAUCUUCUUGAAGCUGCAGAUCGGUAUGGGUUGAACAGGCUCAAGAGGAUAUGUGUGGAGAAGGUCUGCACAACCAUUAACGUGGACACUGUCGCAACGACGUUGGCGUUAGCAGAGCAGCAUGGAUGCUCCAAGUUGAAGGCCAGAUGCAUGAAGUUCGCCUUGGACAAUAUCUGUGCGGUUUCUGCAACGGAAGGGUUCAAGCAUCUCGAGGCAAGCUACCCCUCCGUUUUGACUGAACUUCUCAAGCUUAUGGUCGAGGGGCACAAGUAGUUGGCCAUUCGGUUGUUGAGCGCAGAAUCUCGACCUUUUUCAUUUGUUUUUCUUCACAAAUAGUAUAAAUAACGUUUUGGGAAA